AUGGUGAGAGAUAUUGAAAGAAAGGAACUGAAAGUAACAGCAGAGUCUGUUCAUGACAUGUUGGGCAUACCAUUGGUGGAACCAAACUUACAACAACGGGAUCAAUGGCCUAAGAUGAUACAAGUGUUCUAUGCUGAUAACAUCCACUCAGAAGCUUUAACAGUAACACGUAAACGUCCAACAAUUUGUUAUUGGAGUUCAGAGAAGAUUAGAUAUCGAGAGACAUUUGAACAAGAAAAAGGUAGAUUUGGACUUGGAGAAUUAAACGAAGAAUUUGUUAAUGAACAAGAUGAAGGAGAUACGGAUCUCGAAGACAGUGAUUCUGAUAAAGAUGAAGAUCAUUCUGUUGAGGCAUAUGAAUCAAAAAUAUCUAAAUGCUUAAUAGUUUUCGAGAGGCUGAAGGAAAAGCUGAAUUUAAGCUCAAUGAUGCGAUAA